AUGCCAGACUCACAGCUAACGGGUGCUGAUGCCCAUUGCACCGUGAAUCAGCAGUCGGCGGAUGAUCCCAACGGUAGUUUUGACGCCUUGAUAGAUUUACUCACAUCAGAUGAUAUACAUGAUAUCGCAUCAGCCGGUUCACGUCCUUCACACAACCCUCAUCACACUGUCCAACUACGGGAUGCAUCUGGCAAACUAGCUUUUGACAAGAUCCAUCUCAUGUUUGCAACACAAAAUUUAGGCCCUGACAGAAUCGAUAACAAAUCACCCGAUACCUGUCCAGAUACCCACCGUUUGGGCAUGCAGCAUGGAAGUAAUAUACAGGAUGUACUCAGCAGAAGCGGUCUCUCCAGAUCCGUGUCAUCAUCAAGCCAAUCCACUGAGCGGGGGCGGCAGGGAUCAUGCUUAGCCUUAGCCGGUUCUUCUGCACCACUGGAUCAAAAUAUCCAGAGUACAGACGAGUUAGUUCACAUUGGAUCUGACGAGCAAAUAUUUUCAUCCCGGGACGAGCCAAAUACACAAAUUACUAUCGUAAAUCCUGUGCCUCAUGAUGAGAUGCCUCUCUCUCAUCAGGGUGGCUCUACAGAGAAAGCCACAACGAGGCUCACAGAUCUAACUGCACCGCUCACGGAACACGCGGGUAGGGUUCAAGAUUUGACUAAACUGCUUGAGUUCGAGCAACUGAACGUCGCACUCUCGCACGCUACCACCGAGAUUGACACUCUCUGCGAACGCUAUGAAAAACUCCAAUCCUUGGUCACGGAACGGCUUUCUCCACUAAAUGGCUUACAAACGGGAAAACCUUAUGAUCAGCCUUCCAGCAAUCAUGUCAUCCCUUCAUCUCAGGCACAGGCUUCCGAUAUACAACGAGGUCUUGAAUCCGGUUACUUAGGGAAAAUCUCAAAUCUUUCCGAAUAUGAAGCAAAGAAUAUUCUUACUGGACUAGUUACAUCACUACGACUGUCCCCUCGUUCGGUCACAAACCUAGUUUCUAAGUUUUUGGAUGAAGGUCCGGUCUGUCCACACCCCAGUAGUGUCGACGACAUCAGGUCUUCCAUGGAAUUCCUAGCCCAUAUCGAUGAGCUAGUGUGGAAACGGUCUGUACCUGUGGGUGGCGACGGUCCGGAUCUACUUUAUUUGAGAGCGAAUACAGAUGCCCUCAUUGAGCGACUUGCCCUGUGGGAAAAACUAUCAGAGGUCAUCAUAAGAGCUAGAACUGGAGCCCGUAAUGGCGCGUCGCAAAAGAACCGAAUCAUAUUCGCGUUUCCAUGGUUAGUAGCAUAA